AUGAAGCUUUUAUAUUGUUUAUGCUUCUCCUGUUUUGAUGAACCAAAAAAUGAUCAGCCUGAAGAACAACAAAUUGCCCCUCCGAUUGAUCAAAGUCAAAUUGAAAAUAAAAGUGCAGAUGCCUUUAAUGUAAAAGUAGCAAACGAUAAUGGCAGCAAUGCAUCAUCAGAUCAUUCCAAUUUGGCAAUUUCAAGCAUUGAAGUAUCGAAUGUUUCCAAACGAGACGUUGUAGAGGACCGGAGGGCUUCAGCUCCGAUCUACCAUAAUGGAAUUGCGUUUACUUCCGAUGGGUAUAAAAGAAAAAAGUACAUUAAGCAUAGCAAUCGAAGGAUGAGCGAAGAUUUCAAAUCAGGGAUGGAUUAA